CGAACAAAGCGGGGGCAAAGUAUGAGCCGGGGCUAGAUAUUGUUUCUCCAUAAUAGAGCCCCCGUAUUUCGCUGUCAUAGGUGGAGGCAAACCCUGGAGAAGGCUUGUUGGAGAUUUCCUGGGGCAGGAAAUGUGAUAAAAGUUGGGAUUUUACCUUCUCCUGCAACUAUUAUCUACGAUAUGGCCCAUUCCACAGACAUCACAAUGCCAUCGACAACGCCCAAGUACACGUGGACCAUAUUCAUGGUCAUGAUCUUUGGCUCCUUAUCCUCCGCUGGAUUUGGUUUUGACCAGGCCUGGUGGUCCGCUAUCAUGAGCUUGGACCAGUUCUUGCAGACAUUCGGGUCGUAUGACCAAAGCCAGGAGAAAUGGGUUCUCUCCUCCAGAGAUCAGUCAAUUGGCACUGGUAUGGGUUACGUUGGUGUCAUUCUAGGCGUGAUAUGUGGCACGCCGUUGAAUGAACGCUUCGGUCGCAAGAUGACGCUCUAUAUCCAGUCCUUUGUGGUCGCAGUGGGUGUCAUCAUCGAGUCGACCUGUACCACGAGCUAUGCACAAUUUGUUGUCGGUAAAGCCGUUGUGUACUUUGGCGGAGGCAUUGCCACCAACGCCAUCCCCACAUAUCAGGGCGAGUGUGCUCCGCCAUCACUACGAGGGCUCAUGGCGGGCACAUACAACGCGUUCCUCAUGAUUGGUGGCUUGGCAGCUGCUCUCAUCGUCUACCUGUGUCGCCAUAUCACUACCGACUGGGCCUGGAGAGUUGUUGUUGUGGCGCAAAUUGGUAUCCCUGCCGUGGGUUGGAUCAGCUUACCUUUCCUGCCAGAGUCACCGCACUGGCUGAUCAGACGAGGCAGGCUCGACGAAGCAACCAGUGCCCUUCGCCGUCUCCGUGGUCCCGAAUAUCCUGCCGCAGAGGAGGUCAUUAUACUGCAACAAACAUUGGAGGAAGAGCGGGAAUUGCGAGAGGCUGCUAGCUGGAAGGAUUGCUUCUCUAAUGCGGUUAAUCUCCGCAGGACAGUCAUAUGUAUCGGGGUUCAGGUCUUCCAGCAGGCUCAAGGAAUUUCGUUUGUCGCGAACUACCAAGCUGUUUUUCUAUCCCAGAUUGGUUUUCGCGAAGUGCUGCUUAUGUCUGUCAUUGUCUAUGUCAUCGGAGUGGUAGCCAAUCUCUUAAGCAUGGUAACCUCUGACCGAUCAGGCCGGCGCGGUGUCUUGCUUGGUGGUGCGGCACUCCUCGGUGCGUGUAUGAUGGUCAUCGGUGGGCUGACAACCGGAGGGCCGUCACAUAUGUCAUACUCGAUGCAGAUAGCAGCGGUUGUCAUGCUGAUGCUGUGGUUCUUCUGCUUCCAGACCACCUGGGGCCCUCUUGCCUGGGUUAUUACCUCCGAGGUCCCGCCAACCUCCGUCCGAGAGAAAAUGGUUACGCUCUCUGGGUUUUCUGCCUACGGUGUCGGUUUGAUCAUCGUAUUUGUGAACCCGUACACACAAGACGCCAUUGGCGGUAGCGUUGCCUUUAUCUACGGAUCAUUGUCGGUAGUGGGCUUCCUUUUUGUGUUUUUCUUCGUCCCCGAGCUACGGCAGCGAAGCCUGGAGCAGAUUGACGAAAUGUUCAAUGAGCAAUUACCAACUAGGGGCUUUGCGUCGUACGCGUGCAAGCGUCCUAGUGAAGGACGGGCGGAGAAAGAAAUCGAAACUGUGGAAUAUGUCGAGACCCUUCCUUGAGUGCGAGCCUUGGCUCGUCCUGCUCAGUGGGCUGGCGUUCGGUUGAUAUAACCACUGACUUUCUGGUUUCUUGAUGAUGGCCGCUUAUUUUGUUCCCUUUUCAUCAUUCGUCGCUACAAAUUUAUGUGCACUGAAUCUGGCCUCAAUCUAUUGAGGUCAAGAACAUGUAUUUUACCACUGGAUCUCG